AUGUCUAGCGCCAACCCCGGAAACGUCGCUGGAGGCCACAAGGCCAACCUGAACAACCCCAACACCUCCGAUGAGUCCAAGGAACGUUCGCGCCAGGUCCUGGAUGAGCUCGAGGAUUCCGGCGAGCUUCAGAGCACUGGCCGUGACUCCACGAAGAACAAGGGCAAUGUCAUUGGCGGUCACAAGGCCAACCUCAAGAACCCGAACACCUCGGAGGAGGCCAAGGAGCAUUCCAAGCAGGUUUUGGACGAGUUGGACGAGCAGUAG